AUGACAAGUUUGUUUCGAGGGGCCUUAAAUCUCAUACAAGGAGAGAAUACAGGAGGCAAUUCGUCCGGUAGUCAUCCUCUCGUAGGGCAAGAUGUCGAUGUCGGCGGAGUUCGUUUAAGGAUUAAAAGUCUCUUGGCAGAAGGAGGUUUUGCCGUUGUAUUCUCUGCCCAAGAUCAACAAGGAAAUUGGUUUGCACUGAAACGUCAGCUUGCAAACGAUAAGGAAGCUAUUCAAACAGUCAUCAAUGAGAUUAACUAUUUGAAAGAACUGGGAACGAAUCACCCUAACAUAAUUCGUUUCGUUCAAGCUGCUCAGUCAAAAACUCAAACUGGAGGAGCAGAGUUUCUCCUGUUAACAGAGUUGUGCAACGGAGGUUGUGUCGGUGAACUACUCAAAACAACUCGUUUUAAACCUAAACAAGUACUAAAAAUAUUUUACUCCGCUUGUAAAGCUGUGCAAUCCAUGCACUGUAGGGAGAAACCCAUAACUCACCGAGAUAUUAAAGUUGAAAAUUUACUAAUUGAUAGUCAAGGAAAUAUUAAAUUAUGUGACUUUGGCAGUUCGACCAGGGAGAUUCUAUUUCCCAACGAUGAUUGGACUUCCAUCCAACGAACUAGACUAAUUGAAGAUAUGCAAAGGAACACCACUCCUAUGUACAGAGCUCCAGAAAUUCAAGAUGAAUAUAUGAACUUACCAGUUGGACCUCAACAAGACGUUUGGGCAUUAGGUUGUAUUUUGUUUUAUCUCAGUUAUGGGGUUCAUCCCUUCGAAGACUCUGCUAAGCUUCGUAUAGUGAACGCUAAAUAUGCCAUUCCUCCGAAUGACCAAGAAUUCACCAUGUUUGUACCAUUGAUUCAAUCAUGCCUCAAAAUAGAUCCCCGAGACAGACCUACUAUUAAAGAUCUUGUUGAAAGAGUCGAAGCUCUAGCAACAGCUAUGGGUGUGACACCUUCAGGGGCUGUGGAAGGUAUUGUGAACAGUUCUUCGGCCCAGACUACCCAUGUCAAUCCUUUUGUUGGGAAUCCAGCUCCCUCACGUCCUCCUCCUCCUAGACAAGAUGGAAAUGACGUAUCUCAACAAGCUUCUGCUAUGUUCGGUGCAAUCAAGGGACAGGGAUUAUCUCUUUUCAAAAAUAUCAAAGACAAAUCUGCUGCAGUUGUGCAGACCGUACAAUCCACUUAUGGAGGAAAAGGUCCUUCUGUUACUUGGCUUACCUCUCGAAUCAUACUAGCUCCCCAACCGGAGAGUAUUCCUGAGGCUUUAGCUACACAAGCUGAGGAUUCUCUACGUACAUUCUCAGCUGAACAGGGUCGUCCUUAUAUAGUCGUUAACAUUUCCCAAAGACGUUUAAAAUGCGAGUUUCCUACUCGACCAAUAGAACAGCUUUUCCAGUUCCCUUCCUCUUGUCUUCCUCCAACUGUCAACUCAUUGUUAAAAAUAUGUCGAGAGAUGAUGCAGUUCCUCCGGCAGAACCCCAAUGGUUUUGCUCUGAUAUAUGGCUUGGAAGUUCACUGUACUCUGCUAUCUGCAACAUUCCUGCUCUACUCGAGAGUGUUCACGAAUCCAUUGAAAGCUGUUGAAAUGGUUACCAAAAAAAGAGGAAAUGUGACUCUUCCUCCAUCCUAUCAUCGAGCUCUGGAUAUAGUAGGAAGAGUAAUCAAUACUCCAAAGAAUGUUCUAAAUACGAAUGUGCAUAACUUCCCAAUCCGCCUUAACACUUUGUACAUGGAGCCCAUACCAUUGUUCAACAGACUCCACACAGGAUGCAGACCGUUUGCAGAAAUUUUCUCUGGAGGCGCGAAGUUAUGGAGUACAUAUAGGGAGUAUGAGCAACUGAGGCCGUUCGAUGUUAGUGACGGGAACUCUGUCGAAAUUGAUUUAGGUGACAUUCCUGUCGGAGAUGAUGUAACCGUAGCCGUUUAUCAUGCUCGUUGGAGUAAAAUCCAAAAUAAAAUGCAACAGAUCCUUAUGUUUUCAAUCGGCUUCCAUGCCAAUUUCUGGGAUAUUAAAGAGCAUAUGGUCAAAGCCCAUAUGGGAGACUUAGAUAUUCAUGGAGAGGAUACUCGUAGUAUUCCGGAAAAUAUAAGAAUUGUGCUGGGUUUGAAAAUCGAUAACCAUGAUAGAGGAUUUAAUCAAGGAAUCGAACCUCCAGCUUUCCUAACCUAUGAUGCCGACACUAUCGAUCCAAUUCAUGUCGUCGAAAAUGCCGAAGAACUAGUUAAUAUCCAAGAUGCCUUCGAUUCGAAGCAAAAUAACGCUGCUCCGCCUCGACCAGCUCCUCCUGUGCAGAACCAAAAACAGAAAGAGAAUCCUCAGCCAGCCGUUACUAACGAUUUCUUCAAUACAUUGGACUGGCAAGCUCCAUCUUCGAAUAGUUCUGAGCAGAAAAGAAAUUUAGCGUCAGAUGACUUGUUUGGAAGUUCAUCCACUGUUCAACCCGCUGCUACAUCGAACCACAUGGAUUCUGGCUUUGGAAGCAAAACUGUCGAUACAGCGGAAGCUUAUGAAAGAAUGUACGGAAUUCGUGUCGGAAAAGAGGAGGAAGAUGAUGAUGCAGAUAAAUACAAGUUUGAUUAUGAAAAGGAGACUCCAAUUCUCGGUGCUCCCUCUUCGAAGCCCAAGCCUCCUACAGCAGAAUUUGACCUUCUUGAUUUAGGAGCCAAGCCUAGUACAACCGUAUUAAAUACCCAACCUGCACCAGUUGUAGAUGAUCCUUUCGGUGAUUUCUUUAGUGCCCCAUCUACAACCACUUUGAAUGCAAAAGCUCCAGAGCAAGAUUUAUUUGGAGAUUGGACAAAUUCUACCACUGACACCACUCAACCCAUGCAUCGGAAUGUGUCAGCACCCAGUUUUAAUCAGAACAGUGCUCCGGCCAUAGAUCCUUUUGCCGAUUUUUUAAAUGCCCCUUUAAGCUCAAGCCAGCCAGGCAGUAAACAAGGCUCCGCUUCCAAUAGUGGAACUUCCACUCCAAAGCCAGUGAGACCCAACUAUAGCAGAUCCGCUUUCGAAACAAUAAACAACGUGGGCGGAGUUAAACCAAAGGUUACCGCUGAUGCUUUUGGAGAUUUGUUAAGCAGUCAGGGUUUCACUUCCACAGCUGCGAAGAAUGCUUCACGUACUAUUGGAGAUUUGAAGAGAGCUGACGAAAUCAGGGAUAUGGAUCCAGUCGAAAUUAAGAUUCGUGAUUGGAUCAAAGGUAAAGAAAAAAAUAUUCGUGCUUUGCUUGGAUCUUUGAAUGAUGUUCUCUGGGAUGAUGCAGAUAAGUGGCAACAGCCAAACAUGGGCGAGCUUCUAAGUGCGGCUCAGGUAAAGAAGUGGUAUCGUAAAGCCUGUCUUGUUGUUCACCCUGAUAAGCAAACUGGAACAGCCCAGGAAGAAUUAGCUAAGGCAGUGUUUACUCAACUGAACGAAGCCUGGACAGCGUUUGAACAAAGUGGAAGUCCUUCUCUUUAA